AUGGCGCAGGACUGCUGGCAUUAUGAUGUGUUGGAUGGCGACUAUGCCGCCGUCGUCGUCGCAAAUGUCGGAGUUAUACCUAGCCGCGCUCGUGGCCCCUUUGCAAUGAUGGAAGCCGAGAUCAGGUGUAGAUUCAGCACACAAACGCCGACCAAAGGGAGGUUUGACCCCAUUGCUGCCUAGUGUUUGAAGAUUCUGACCUGCGUGGCGUGUUUUACACCGACUUUCAAGGGACUUUUGUCCAUCCUGCUGUGCUUGGAAGGGGCAGCCCCGGACUUUGGUCUUGGCUUCGCCGAAGCUGCCCGAAUAGUAGUUCCAAUUUUAGCAGCGUUUGGUGCCAGUAUUGAAAUUUCUAUGCAGGUUUCAGCUUGCUUGUGCGGCGGUGGCUUGGGCAGCAAGCCGGGGGUUCUUGAAAUGACGAAGCACCAUCGUUCAGAUCCCGUCAAAUACUCGCUCGGCAUCGGCGAGGAAUAAGACCUUGGUUCUCCCACACAGAAACCAAAUAUGGUGUAAGCGAGGUGGCGGGGUGGGAUAUAGUCAGGCGUGUCAUUCCGAUCCUUCUCUGCACAGGUUUGAGGGUUUUUGAUGCUUCGCCCCAUGGGUUUUCGUCACUUUGCUUGAUCUUGGG